CAUUAGCAUGUCCUCGAAUCAUUCAUACGUGGCCGCCGCGACUUCGGAUCUUCUUGAAGUAACAUCAACCAUCACCCAACCUGGUGACUCGUUCCUGCGUCGUGUCGCAGAUAUACUUGGACGGGUGCACGAUUUCUCCGUCAAGGCAGGGAAAAAUUUACUGCAUUAUCUCAGUAUACGUGGUGCAGGAAUGGCAGGUCCACGAAUCAGAAAAAUGCCUUACCCCAGGAGUAAUGGGACAUGCGGUUAUCAGAAUGCAACGUCAUCUACUUGGCGUUCUCUGUAUGCUUUCUUCCUUGUCAUUCGUACUCGGCCCAGCCUGGACGCGUCGCUUUUACACAACCGGAGGGACAUCCGUAUGAUAUAACCACCGGGGGGGUUUUCCUUUCCCCCCUUCCCUCCAAGCCACCAUGAGCAGCGACGCGUCCACCGCCUCAUCUAGUUAUACCACCCUUCCUUCCAACCUUUCAACGACAGAGAAGACUGCAGUCAUCUACUCUAAUACCACGGGUCCCAAGGAGAUCAACGAAAAGCUCGGCAAUCCUUUGGAUGGCUACGAAGAUCAGGACAUACCCAAGAAAACUCAGUCGCGUCCCGUCCGUAACUUGCGCCUCCAAAUUUUUACGGUCUACCGUCGUCUGUUCUCUGUAGCUUUCGUCAUCAAUAUGGCCAUCUUCAUAUCCUACGUGGUUCACGGAUAUUCCUCUUUGAGAGUGGCCGAAGUGGUGGUAGCGAAUCUCUUCAUAGCUGUUGUUAUGAGGCAGGACUAUGUCGUCAACGUGAUCUUCUACAUCCUACGUUCGGUACCGCAAUCAUGGCCCUACUUCGUUCGGAGCUGGGCUGCGAGAGCAUACCAUCAUGGAGGCGUUCAUUCUGGUACUGCUAUUUCUGGCGUUAUAUGGCUGGUCCUUUUCACAGUCCAGGCCACGAAAGAGUUGGCUGACGGCACCGGUGCCUCAGCCGCAACCGUGGCAAUAACCUAUGUCAUCUUGACGUUCCUGAUUAUAAUUGUCGCCUUAGCCUAUCCACCAUUCCGAAUCAGGCAUCACGACGUGUUCGAGCGCGUACAUCGAUUCAUGGGUUGGACAGCGACUACACUGGUGUGGGCGCAGGUGGUCUUACUAACGAAUGACUAUAAGGGCUCUCGAGCAUUGGGUGUUGCCCUAGUUCAUGCUCCAGCUUUUUGGUUGAUGAUAAUAUUGAGUGCGUCCCUUAUCCUUCCGUGGGUAAGGCUCCGCAAGGUCGAUGUACGGUGUGAGGUCCUCUCCGAUCACGCGGUUCGCAUGUAUUUUGAAUAUGCGACACCGAUACCCGGCUCUUUCGUGCGCAUUUCGACAGAUCCUCUGUUCGAAUGGCAUGCGUUCGCCACCAUGCCUGAACCCGACAUGAAGGGAUUCUCUCUGCUCGUAUCAAAAGCAGGCGACUGGACCACCGAGAUGAUCACAAACCCGCCCACAAAGAUAUGGGUCCGGGGCAUCCCAACAACUGGCGUUCUGACUAUUGCGCCGCUUUUCAAGAGAAUCCUCUUUGUAGGUACUGGCAGUGGCAUUGGACCGAUCGCACCACACAUUUUCGCCGGAAAAGCAAAUCAUCGGCUGAUAUGGACAGCGCCGAACACGCGAGGAACCUUUGGAAAUCAUAUGGUGGAACAAAUUCUGGAUAAGAGCCCGGACGCUUUGAUUUGGGACACCCGCAAACAGGGAAAACCCAACAUGGUCAAGCUCAUCAACCAUGUAGUGGACGAAUACAAUCCCGAAGUCGUCUGCGUCAUAUCGAAUAACAAGUUCACGCAAAAGAUUGUGUAUGGACUUCGUAGUAGGGGCAUGCUUGCUUUGGGUGCAAUCUUUGACUCCUAGAGUUGUAGACGACCUCACGAAAUGUUAUUGCUUUAGGAAAAUUAGACCAUUAACGAUGUUGCAAUAUAUUUAUACGUAACUAGCUAGCUAGCCCAACUUGUCAACAUUGCACACGAUACUAC